CAACACCAUAAAGAGGAGAGCAUCACAACUCUUAAAAGUACUCCAUCUAUCUUUUGUCCUAUAAGGGAUUACACAUCCAUUUCAUUCAAGAGAAACAAUGGCAUCAUCUUCUUCCAAUCUCUCCCAAAUGAACAUUGGAUACUCUCCAAGUUGAGGCUAGAGUCCUACUACCUGCACCUUCGCCAAGGGUGAUUGAUCAAAGAGGAAGACGUGAAAUGGAGGGUAGACACAUGGCUACGAGGAACAACCCGAGAGGGCAAACUCAGGCGACGUCCGUAGGGGCCAGCCAGGUUGCAUCUCGGGGUGCGAGAGGCGGUAGGAGAGGCCGUGGAGGCCGUGGAGGCCGUGGAAGCCGUGGAGGUCAUCAGGCUCAAACCGUGAGCGAUGGCCAUGUUAGCUCGGUGCAUGGGACUCACACCGAGGAUUAUGACUCAACAUAUGUUCCCGAGACGGAACAUGAGGAGACCCCAUAUGAUGGGGGUGAUACGUACACUGAUGAUGACAAUGAUGAGAGUGAUGCCAAAUUCGCCCAGAUGGGUGAAUUGUUUGAGUGGUAUCAAAAGGAAAAGCUGAGGAGAGAUCUUAGGCGCCAAGCUAGGCGUGCCUCUCAGGGAGGUUCGGGUCAGGGAAGCCGGGGGGCUUCAGUGGCCAUUCCUGUGGCGACACAGGGGGUACAGGGGGGAGGUUUCUGUAUAAGAAUCUCCAAAUACCUCAAGGAGGCGAGGGCCUUGGGGUGUAAGUCAUUUGAUGGCAAGGGUGAUAUAUCGGUGGCUGCCGACUGGAUCAAGAAAUUGAAUGAGGCUGCUAGGGAUAUGCAGAUCGGGCUUGACAUAAAGCUAACGAUUGCUACCAGGCUACUGGAGGGGGUAGCUGCUGUAUGGUGGGAAGGCGUGGGGGGAAAGUUCCACGGUGAGACCACCUGGGAGAAAUUUGAAGUAGAAUUCUAUAAUCAGUACUACUCAGAGUUCGAAAAGAACCAGAAGAGGAAGGAGUACAUGACCCUGGUACAGGAGGAGGAUUGCUCGGUGAGGCAACUGGAACAAAGGUUCCGGGACUUGGCACGGUACAUACCCGAGUACGCCAUGGAUGAGAACCGUAUGGCUAAUCACUUCUGGGACACCCUACACUUGGAUAUCCGUGAUCGGGCUACCUACAAUCAUCACAUGACCUUUAGUGAGAUUGUGGAUCAGGGGCUACUUGGGGAAGCCAAGUGGAAUGAAAGGAAGAAGAGAGACGCCGAAGAGACGAAGAAGAGAAGAUGGGGAAAUUCUGGACCCCAAGACCAUUCUCGGAAACAUCACGCCGGGAAUGGAAGAUCAUUCAGGGCGCCGGAACCACCGACAAAGAAGAGUAAGGGCCCAGGAGGGCAAGGGCAUAGCUCGGGGAGCGUGAGGCCACCAAGGUGUCCAAACUGUAACAGGAAUCACUCCGGGAAGUGCAAUGAACCACCCCGGUGCUACAAGUGUGGUAGCACAAGCCACCUCAAACUCUCUUGCCCAAUGUUGAGUGGAGGUGGGCCAUCGGGAGCUGUGGAGGCACCUACGUCUGGAAGGGGUCGUGCAGGACCAUCUCAGGGCGGCACGGGAAGGGGCGGACCUACGGCAAGCAAUGCCGCGUCCGUUAACCAAGGUAGGACCCAGGCACGAGUGUAUGCAAUGACCGAGGCGGAUGCGCGAGCAAACCCGGACUCCGUUGCAGGUUGAGGCUAGAGUCCUACUACCUGCACCUUCGCCAAGGGUGAUUGAUCAAAGAGGAAGACGUGGUUCGUGCUUCCAUUCUUAUUCAAAGUUUAUAAACUGCUCAUGGAUGUUUUUAACAAUGUUUUCCAUUAAAACAUUUGAGGGGCCUGCGUGUCCGUAUUUGCCACGUGUGGCUAAGUAUCAAACAUAUCUUAUUUUCCGCAUUCGUUGACUAAUAUAUAUUGAUGUUGAUUGUAUGGGUUUACUAAUCGGUUUGGCAAUAGAGCUCAACGGACGCCUUGUAUGAUUCAAUAAGAAUGAACUACGUUGUUCUUAUUGGGUUGUACGGCGGUUGUCUACGUGGCACGGAUGCGGUCCGGGGCGUGACAACGUAAAUGGAAGAUGUGAUUGCAAUUAAUUUGAAAUCAUCACGCAGUAUAACUAUUAUACUUGUAUUUACGUAUAAUUUUAUGAAGUUUUCUUAUAUGUGGAGUAUACUAUUAAGUUGUCGUUAGGCCUGCAUGCGUGUUGACAUGUUAAUCGACAUCUGUCCCUUACAAAGUUGAUCUGUGAUAUAUUUUGCUCCUAUCACAAUAAAUUCACAAGUGAAAAGUUA